AUGAGUGAGGAGCGGCGUAUCAGCCACAGAUCGACGAAAGGAAAGGAACCCAGGCGAUAUGGAUUUUCUGGAAGUGAGCGCUCGAGUACUCGUGCCAGUCCUGGGAGCACUGAACUCGUAGAAUUGGAGAGAGCUCGAGUGGCCAGAAAAAGGGCAGAGGCCGAAGUGCGAGUGGCAGAAGAGAUUGCUGCACUGCAGGAACAAGUUCUGCAGAGUAAGUUAGCUGUCCUGCAGAAACGGCAAGCCUUGGAGCAAGCUCGUUCCGAAGAAGAAUCUGCGCACGAGUCGGCGGCAGGAGCUAGCCCGUCGCCUCGUAGAGAAAUUGCUUCGGACGGGGACGUGGUCUUCCAACGAAGUCGUGACGGCGCAAGUGCGACUCUGCGAUCUUGUAUGCCACCACGAGCGGAGUCGGACAGUGCAGUUACCGGUAGUAGGUUUACGACUGAUCCUCCGUUACCACUCGCGCGCACCAGUGUUGAAAAUGUGAAUACACUGGUAGCAGGAACAGCAGCUGCUCAGCUAUCGCAGAAUGUCCCGGACGUCGUUGACGGUGUGUCUGAAGAGUCAGACCACUAUGUGUCAUCCAGUAGCGCCUCAAGUAGUGACACUGCUGGUGACUCUACAACUACUGGAACUACAACUAACGCCGGCAGUAGUGGUGAAAGUGAUAACAGCCGGCACACUGAUAGUAGUACUGUUAGUCACUAUGGGCCUGCUUCCAGGCGUGUUGCUACACGUGCUCUGGCCAACGCAGGAGUUGCGUCCAGAGACGGAGCUGCCUGCACUACCCAGCCAGUACAUAUGCAGCAGCAGCAGCAGCCGCCGUCACAGCAGCAGCAGCAGCCGCCGUCACAGCCGCCACGGCAGCAGCAGCUGCAGCAAGUCCAUGUGCUUGGUAGCGCCGUGCGUCCAAUGCUGCUGGAAGCAAGUGGACAGGCCCAGCCAAGCCCCGCUGCACCGAGAAGACUGAUGACUCCGAAGAAGAAAAAAUCGGAAAAAAACAACAGAAGAACAAGGACAAAGCCGAGCAAGCAGCUUCACUGUGCAGUGCCAUGA